CUGACAAUAUCCAAACAUCUACAAUUGCAAAAGAUAAUGACAACUUAAGUGUUGGUAAGGUAACAGAAUUCAAUAUCCUGAAUGUUACUGAUGAAUCCUUGCUUGAAGUGGGAGCGGUGGAUGUCUUUUCUCAAAAAAUGCCUGACACUAUUCAAACAUCUACAGUUGCAAAAAAUAACAACUUAGGUGAUUGUAAGGUAGCAGAAUCUAAUAACCUGAAUGUUACUACCAUUUCCUUGAUCGCUGUUUGUUGUGUUCUUGCGAUCUUAGUAAUUGUUUUCUUCGUAAUCAGCAUUAGAAACAAAGGACACAAAGUGAAACCAUGGAUUAUUUCCAUUGACAAAGAUAAUGAAAAAGGGGAAUCUCGAAUGCUGCCAGAAGAACCGAAAAUCGAAGAUAAUGCAUGUUUAUAUCAUGCUCGGUUCAAAACAGAUGGUAAUGAUGGCAUAGAUGAAAGUAACAUACUUUCAGGUAAUAGACAACCGGAAAACAAAGACGCCACCUAUAGCGUUGUCAAUGAUGACCUGAAAGCUGCUUGCAGAAUUCUUCCAUCCGUAUUGGAGACUCCACAAGAGCCACCUUGCUUAACCAACGUCUAUGAUCCAUUCCAGGAGGUCAGUUUAUCACCAGAAGGUUGGAUGAGGUCUCGAAUUGGAAGCACCCCAUCUUAUCGAUUUGCCAGAGGGUUUCAACUUCAGAACAGCACUGCAUCAACAUAUGAAUGCAGUAUAAGGCCGUUUUCUCGGUCAACCAACGUUGUCUCAGAGAUGGAGAGCUCCUACGAAGAUAUGAACAAAACAUCGUGGUCUUCGUCAAUGUGUUGACGUGCCUUAAACCUAGAGUUAGUGGUUGACCAUUGUCAUCUAUAAUUUCAUUUCCUGAUAUACAGAUUAAGCACAUGCUUAAAACUUAUUACUAGUAGCAAGCGCGCAAUCCACAGUGCAUCAUGAGCAGAAAUUUUCCAACAGCAAGUGAACACUACGCAGAAGUGAUAAUAUCUCAAAAGUUCGAAUUUAUAUUAAUUUUGCGCGCAUGCCUACUUUAAAGACUAGUUAAUUUAUUUAUAUCACCAAUGAAAAUACCCACAACACAAACUAUAUGCCAAAUCCAGUAUGCAUAGUUUAGUUGGAUGUAACUUAUCAUUUUAUUGUCUGUUUACAGUGACGUAAAUAUAUUAAUUAAUAAUAUAUUUUAAUUGCGAAACGCCACAAAUUAUUGUUCACAGCUCUUUAACUGGAUGCUCACUAUAUGCGCACAGCUUUUAAUUUUGGGUAUUAUUGAUAAGCCGGUGACAUUUUACAUAGUGCCAGGGGCGUCUAGUUCAAUUAUGAUGCGGCUUUCUUGUAUUAUAUUUUUUCAUCCCAUAAAAU